GUCGCCACUGAAUUUGAGAAAUCAAACAUUGCAACGUCGAAAUAAACGUCGAAGCGUCCUUUCUACCUCAACCUCGACCCUUAACCGUAAGGCAAACGGAUAGUAAUAUUUAUUAGAUCUAACACAAUAACAACAAAAGUCCGAACAGGAUCAGGAUGUUGAACAGAACUGAACCCUAGCUGUAAUUGACUGACRACUUACUUCAAGGCGGAUUGAACCAUGGAGAUUAAACUGCUCGAAGUACACCWCUAUCAACCAAUCGCUGCCAUAUACUGUGUCAUUCUCCUGUUGUCCUUCAUUCUUAACACAUCAGUCAUAGUGAUCUUUUUAAACAACCAAUCACUAUUAACUUSUGCCAAUUUGCUGCUGUUAAGCAUGGCCAUAUCUGAUUGGUUGAUGGCUGUUCUAGCAAAUACAGUCGGCGCUUACGCUAACGCCAGCUAUUGGUGGACUUUGAACGGAGCCAUUUGUCAGUACUUUGGAUUCAUAUCAUCCCUUUGUGGCUUGAAUUCAAUAGUACAUUUGACAGCUCUUUCAGUGGAAAGAUGGAUUACAGUCAMAAUGGCGAUUAACCAAGAGCUUUCAAAACGGAAAAUGACUUUGGUUAUAGCGGGACUUUGGCUGUUUUCAUUUAUUUGGUGCUUGUUCCCUUUAAUUGGUUGGUCAUCAUAUGGCCCUGAGCCAGGAUUCGCAGGCUGUUCGAUCACGUGGUAUUCCAGUAAGCCAAGUGAUAAGGCUUAUAUCGUGUGCUUGUUCAUCUUCUUCUUUUUCCUGCCCAUUAUAAUCAUGACAUUCUGCUACAUCGGCGUCUUUAUCGAAGUGAAGAAGAUGACCAAAGAUGCCGCCGCCCGGUGGGGCCACGAGGCACUUCCAACACAGCAAACAAUACGAGCCCAAACAAAGACCAUUCGAAUGUCAGUAGUGAUGGUGUUCGCGUACCUUAUUGCAUGGACACCGUACGCCAUCGUUUCUCUGUAUUCGAGCUUUAUUGCAAGUGACAUCACUCCUUUGUUGAGCAUCAUGCCCGCUUUCUUUGCAAAGCUCUCCUCCUGUUACAAUCCAAUCAUUUAUUUUUUCAUGUAUUCAAAGUUUAGAAAGGCUGCAAAAAGGUUGGUUAUCAGACAUCUAGUUGCUCCUGAAAACAGCUCAGCCCAAGCAGUCUCCAACACUUUCGCUUCAUCAUUCCCCAGGCCAAUACAGUUUUUGAGACUUAAAAGUACAGUGGUUACACAGGCUUCAGGCAUUCCAAAAGCGAKUAGUGCAAUUGACGCCAGUAACGUUAAGAAAGACAUUGCCAGUGAAUCAGCACACUGAUGUAGAAAACAUUAAUAUAGUAUAAAUAAAUGUAAAGCCACUUUUUUAAA